AUAGAGAGAGAGAGAGAGAGAGAGAGAGAGAGUGAGAGUGUACCAUAUUCGUGCUUAGCAACAGGGAGGAGGAGGGAAGAGGAGAGAGAGAGAGAGAGAGAGAGAGCGCCCCCAACUUCGUGCCGCGCCCCCAACUUCGUGCCCUAUUAUUUAGGGUUUUCGGCAGAACGAGAGAAUGGCGACGAUGGAGAGCUUGCCCAAAAACAUGGCAGUGACCACCGCCGGGACGCUGGCGGCGGCGGAUUUGUGGUAUCGACUCCCCGGAGAUAUUCUCAAAUCCAUCGCAAAACGCCUCACUGACAAAGCAGAUGCUGCUGCUUCUUCAUCUUCUUCUACUAAUCACAUCAACGCCCUUGCUCUUCUUCGCGCCGUCUGCAAAUCCUGGCGCUCCUCCAUCGAGAAACCUUCCUCCUCCUCCUCCUCCUCCUCCUCCUCCUCCUCCUCCUCCUCCUCCUUUCUCUCCUUGCUGCCGCUCACCCUUCCUUUCCCCAUUAUCCCCUUCCCCAACCAGAACUCUAACUACUACCGCGGCAGCCACUUCUCCCUCACCCACAGCACCCUCUACUUCCUUUCCCCAUUGUUCCCAACCCCAACUGCUGGCUGCUGGUUGCUUAGGGUUCAAGAGCCGCCGUCUCUAAACAACAACAACAACGGCUGUAAAGUAUACCACCCCCUCUAUCCCCUCUCCAAACUCCAGCCUCCUCUAGUUCCGAAAGAGGCAUUUCCCGAAUCGCUUAACCUGCUCGAUGUAGGAAUCGCCGAAAUCGGCAAAGCUCCCUGCCUCAAGAUUGUCCAUGGGAGAAAGAAGAAGCAGGUUGAGAAGGGACAGCCGAGGACGAUGGCUGAGUGCCAGGCAGAUUACGAAGAGGCCUACACCACCUACAUCAGGAAAGUGGCCCUGUCUCCGGAGGAUUACGGGGUCGUGGUGGCUAUUCAUUCUGGUCGACUGUGUUUUUUCAAGCUCGGCGGCGACCGGAAAUGGACUCUUAUCGAUUCUUCCAACGACCGGUACCAUGAUGUUGUUUACCGGAAGGGGAAGGGGAAAUACUACGCGGUGGACUAUAGAGGGAGGACAGUGGCGAUUGAUGGUGCGGACUUGAAGAAGAAGGUUAUGGUGACGCGCCUUGUUGAAUCUCCCUUGCCCAAUCUCGGUGCCUGUCAGUUCACACGCCUUGUCGAAUUGGGAGAUGAUCUCUUCUUGGUUGACAGGUACCUUGACCCGGAAGAAGGCCAGUGUACACUCUCUAUCGGAGCUGUUACCAUGGGCAUGAUUACCGAAGAAAGUCAUCCCCCCGAUAUGAUCAACUACUUUAAUGUGUACAAGCUUGAUGAAGAGAACAAGCAAUGGGAGCUUGUUGAUGAUCUGAAUCAUCAGGUUAUCUUCCUUGGUGAUGACUACUUAUUUUCAGUCUCUGAUCAGGAAUUUCCGGGACUGAAAGGGAACUGCAUAUAUUUCGCUGACUUUAUGUUUCUUGAUCGGAAUGAGAGAGAAGCGAACAUUGGGAAAUCCUGCGUCCUCACGGGUGUUUACAACUUGAAAGAUCGUAGCUGUGGGCCGUUAGCAAUGUUUCCAGACCACUGGCCCAUUUUUUCGCCUCCGCCACCUUGGCUUAAGCCAAAACUCUGUGAAGGGAUGAUGGAAGGGAUGAAGGAAGAUGAGCUGCAGAGAGAUGUUACCGCUUUAAAGCAAGACAUGCCUGAGCCAUCUCCCGAAGCAAAGAAGAAAGCUGCAGAAGCAAAAUUUAGAGGAGAUGAUGCCUACAAACAGAAGGACUAUUUGGUGGCCCUUAAUGCUUACACACAGGCAAUUGAUUUUGAUCCUAGUGAUGCUACUUUGCUCUCCAAUAGAAGUGUCUGCUGGAUCCGUCUGGGACAAGCAGAGCAUGCCUUGACUGAUGCAAAGGCCUGCAGAGCGCUAAGACCGGAUUGGCCAAAGGCAUGCUACCGUGAAGGUGCUGCUUUACAGUUAUUAAAGAGGUUUGAUGAGGCAGCCAAUUCUUUCCGGGAGGGUGUGGAGCUUGACCCCGACAGUGAGGAUCUUGCAAAUGCUUUCAGGGAAGCUGUUGAAGCUGGGAAGAAAUUUCAUGGUACAAACCAGUAAAAAUUGUGAUGGCGCUUCACAAAUGCACAUCAAGGGAGAAAGAAGAGGGACUGAAACUUGACUUUAGUAGUUGUUGGGAUCACUGUAGAUACUUACUGUAGAAAUCCAGGCCAAAUACUUGUUACUAUUAUGUUUCUUCGUUAAGUUCGAAGUGGUGUUGCUUGUUAGAGGUUAUAUCCUGUUCCCUUGCUUCUAGUACAAGUGAUGAGGAUGCAUGUUCCUUUUGAGGCUACCAUUUAUCGUUGUUCUCCCCCUUAUCUGCAGUUUACAAGGUGAAUUGGCCUGCAAGUUGGCCUCGGCUUUGAAAUUUA